AUGGAAAACUCCAAAAUGGCAUUUGACUGGAUUCAACUCAAAGAAGGCUUGCUGAAAAAAGUUAUUCAGAAAGGAAAUGAAGGGAAGCGACCACGAUUUUGGAGUGAAAUAAUGGGAAAAGUAAUUAAAUUUCCAUUGGGUUCAGAUCAAGAAGAUUCGGUGCUUUUACCAGAAGAAAAUACUACAGAAAAUUUGUCUCUGUUCCGCAUCGGUUUUGGCAAUGAUGAAUGGACAAGAAUUCUUGAAUUGUGUGUACAACUAAUGGACGAAGGUGAAGUGAGUCAAUUUCGUGCUAAGACACGUAACGGAGAGUGGCUUGGGUUUCAGCUCUACCUAGAUGAAAUAGUUUCGCAGGCCCCUACGAUGCCAUGCUGGGAUAGGGCAGAAGUGAUCACAGUGAGCAAACAACUAAAAGAGCAGGGUAUUUCUCUAUAUCGAGGAAAACGAAUUAUUGAUUCGUUCUACUUUUUUGGACGAGCAUUAAAAUUAUUGAUUCCCUUGGAAGUGCGGCUUACGCAUGAGUUGGCCCGCAACCCAGAAAACAAAGAUGAAGAAACAAUUCGCCUCAAAGACGACAUUACCUCUCUCGUGGCCUCCAUGUAUAACAAUUUAGCUGCCUGUCAGUUAGCGGUGUCUCAUGACAGACAUGUUGUAUAUCUGUGUGAUCAAGUCUUAGAGAGGACACCAACCGAUCUCAAAGCUAUUUAUAGGAAGGCAUCUGCGCUUUUUGGUUUAAAGCAAUUCCAAGAUUGUUUUGAUGUGGUUAAAAUUGGAUUGACACUGGACCCUACCAAUAAAGCCAUUGGGACUUUAGAAAGACAAGUAUUUGCUGCCUGCAAAGAACAGGAGAAAACAUUUGCACAAGGAAUAAAAAAGUUUUUCAAUUGAAAGUUGUAAUAUUUGGGACACCAUUGGAUGAAUCAGAAAUGUUUAAUUAGUUCUCUUCCUCUUCUUCUUUUCUUUCACUGUGUGUUGGCUAUUUUCUAGGAUUUCUUCUUUAGGUUUCUUGAGUCCAGAUGUUUGACACAUUAUACCUUCUAGGUCUGCAGCACAGUUGCGUAAUAUUCCAGAAAUAAAACUAUUUAGAAGAGUUCAAAGGUAAUAAAAUUUUGCCACCUUACCUUUCCCAUAAA